UGUGCACCGGCACAGACAUGAAGCAGCGACCCCCGGCCAGUCCUGAGACCCACCUGGACAUGCUCCGCCACCUCUACCAGGGCUGCCAGGUGGUGCAGGGGAACCUGGAACUCACCUACCUGCCUGCCAAUGCCAGUCUAUCCUUCCUGCAGGAUAUCCAGGAGGUCCAGGGCUACGUGCUAAUCGCUCACAACCGAGUGAGGCAGGUCCCACUGCAAAGGCUGCGGAUCGUGCGAGGCACCCAGCUCUUCGAGGAUAGCUACGCCCUGGCCGUGCUGGACAAUGGAGACCCGCUGGACAAUGCCAGCCCUUCCAUGGGGUCCGCCCCAGCAGGGCUGCGGGAGCUCCAGCUUCGAAGCCUCACAGAAAUCCUGAAGGGUGGGGUCUUGAUCCAGCGGAACCCCCAGCUCUGCUACCAGGACACGAUUCUGUGGAAAGACAUCUUCCACAAGAACAACCAGCUGGCCCGCACGCUGGUAGACACCAACCGCUCGCGGGCCUGUGGCCCUUGUGCACCAGCCUGUCCAGCUGCCCACUGCUGGGGAGAAAGCCCCCAGGACUGCCAGAGCUUGACGCGCACAGUGUGUGCCGUCGGCUGUGCCCGCUGCAAGGGCCCGCUGCCCACCGACUGCUGCCACGAGCAGUGUGCCGCCGGCUGCACGGGCCCCAAGCACUCCGACUGCCUGGCCUGCCUCCACUUCAACCACAGUGGCAUCUGUGAGCUGCACUGCCCAGCGCUGGUCACCUACAACACAGACACCUUCGAGUCCGUGCCCAACCCUGAGGGCCGUUACACCUUUGGCGCCAGCUGCGUGACUGCCUGUCCCUACAACUACCUAUCCACGGACGUGGGGUCCUGCACUCUGGUCUGCCCCCUGAACAACCAAGAGGUGACAGCCGAGGACGGAACACAGCGGUGUGAGAAGUGCAGCAAGCCCUGUGCCCGAGUGUGCUACGGUCUGGGCAUGGAGCACCUGCGGGAGGCAAGGGCGGUCACCAGCGCCAACAUCCAGGAGUUUGCCGGCUGCAAGAAGAUCUUUGGGAGCCUGGCGUUUCUGCCCGAGAGCUUCGAUGGGGACCCGGCCUCCAACACUGCCCCCCUGCAGCCUGAGCAGCUGAGAGUGUUCGACACUCUGGAGGAGAUCACAGGUUACCUGUACAUCUCAGCAUGGCCAGACAGCCUAUCUAACCUCAGUGUCUUCCAGAACCUUCGAGUAAUCCGGGGACGAGUUCUGCACGAUGGCGCCUACUCGCUGACCCUGCAAGGGCUGGGCAUCAGCUCGCUGGGGCUGCGCUCACUGCGGGAGCUGGGCAGUGGGCUGGCCCUUAUCCACCGCAAUGCCCGCCUCUGCUUCGUCCACACGGUGCCCUGGGGCCAGCUCUUCCGGAAUCCCCACCAGGCCCUGCUCCACAGUGCCAACCGGCCAGAGCGCGAAUGCGUGGAGGAGGCCCUGACCUGCUACCCACUGUGCGCCCAUGGGCAUUGCUGGGGUCCUGGCCCCACCCAGUGCUUCAACUGCAGCCAGUUCCUUCGGGGCCAGGAGCUGCCCAGAGAGUACGUGAAUGGCAGGCACUGUCUGCUGUGUCACCCUGAGUGUCAGCCCCAGAACGGCUCAGUGACCUGCUUUGGAUCGGAGGCUGACCAGUGUGUGGCCUGCGCCCACUACAAAGAUGGAGCCUCCUGCGUGGCUCGCUGCCCCAGCGGUGUGAAGUCUGAUCUCUCCUACAUACCCAUCUGGAAGUUCCCCGACGAGGAGGGCACGUGCCAGCCGUGCCCCAUCAACUGCACGCACUCCUGUGCAGACCUGGAUGAGAAGGGCUGCCCUGCCGAACAGAGAGCCAGCCCCGUGACGUCCAUCAUCGCUGCGGUGGUGGGCAUUCUGCUGGUCUUACUCGUGGGGCUGGUCUUGGGGAUUCUAAUCAAGCGGAGGCGACAGAAGAUCCGAAAGUACACGAUGCGGAGGCUGCUACAGGAAACCGAGCUGGUGGAGCCGCUGACACCAAGCGGAGCAAUGCCCAACCAGGCUCAGAUGCGGAUCCUGAAAGAGACUGAGCUAAGGAAGGUGAAGGUGCUUGGAUCUGGAGCUUUUGGCACAGUCUACAAGGGCAUCUGGAUCCCCGAUGGGGAGAACGUGAAAAUCCCAGUGGCCAUCAAAGUGUUGAGGGAAAACACAUCGCCCAAAGCCAACAAGGAAAUCUUGGAUGAAGCAUACGUGAUGGCUGGCGUGGGCUCCCCAUAUGUGUCCCGCCUCCUGGGCAUCUGCCUGACCUCCACGGUGCAGUUGGUGACGCAGCUGAUGCCCUAUGGCUGCCUGUUGGACCAUGUCCGCGAGCACCGCGGCCGCCUGGGCUCCCAGGACCUGCUCAACUGGUGUGUGCAGAUCGCCAAGGGGAUGAACUACCUGGAGGAAGUGCGGCUGGUGCACAGGGACUUGGCGGCCCGCAAUGUGCUGGUCAAGAGUCCUAACCACGUCAAGAUCACAGACUUCGGGCUGGCCCGGCUGCUGGACAUCGACGAGACAGAAUACCACGCCGACGGGGGCAAGGUGCCCAUCAAGUGGAUGGCGUUAGAAUCCAUUCUCCGCCGAAGGUUCACCCACCAGAGUGAUGUGUGGAGCUAUGGUGUGACGGUGUGGGAGCUGAUGACUUUUGGGGCCAAGCCCUACGAUGGGAUCCCAGCCCGAGAGAUCCCAGACUUGCUGGAGAAGGGGGAGCGGCUGCCCCAGCCCCCGAUCUGCACCAUUGAUGUCUACAUGAUCAUGGUCAAAUGUUGGAUGAUUGACUCAGAAUGUCGGCCGAGAUUCCGGGAGUUGGUGUCCGAAUUCUCCCGCAUGGCCAGGGACCCCCAGCGCUUUGUGGUCAUCCAGAAUGAGGACUUGGGCCCAGCCAACCCCCUGGACAGCACCUUCUACCGCUCACUGCUGGAGGACGACGACAUGGGGGACCUGGUGGAUGCUGAGGAGUACCUGGUUCCCCAGCAGGGCUUCUUCUGCCCAGACCCUGCCCCCGGUGCUGGGAAUACAGCCCACCGCAGGCACCGCAGCUCAUCCACCAGGAGUGGUGGUGGUGAUCUGACGCUGGGGCUGGAACCCUCAGAAGAGGAGCCCCCCAGGUCUCCACUGGCCCCCUCAGAAGGGGCAGGCUCAGAUGUUUUUGAUGGUGACCUGGCAGUGGGGGCGGCCAAGGGGCUGCAGAACGUCCCCACGCAUGACCCCAGCCCCCUGCAGCGGUACAGUGAGGACCCCACAGUAACCCUGCCCCCAGAGACUGAUGGCUACGUUGCUCCCAUGACCUGCAGCCCCCAGCCCGAAUAUGUGAACCAGCCUGAGGUUCGACUGCAGCCCCCCUCGCCCCUGGAGGGCCCUCUGCCUCCCGCUCGGCCUGCCGGUGCCACUCUGGAAAGGCCUAAGACUCUCUCCCCUGGGAAGAACGGGGUUGUCAAAGACGUUUUUGCCUUUGGGGGUGCCGUGGAGAACCCCGAGUACUUGGCACCCAGGGGAGGGGCUGCCUCUCAACCCCACCCUCCUCCCACUUUCAGCCCAGCCUUUGACAACCUCUAUUACUGGGACCAGGACCCAACAGAGCGGGGGUCUCCGCCCAGCACCUUUGAAGGGACUCCUACAGCAGAGAACCCUGAGUACCUGGGUCUGGACUUGCCGGUGUGA